AUGAGAUGUCUCCUAGACUCGGGAAGCCAGAUAGAGGCCAUCAGCGAAAGGGCCUCUUCACUACUCAAGGUGCCAUGUACCCAGGAACGAAUGAAAAUUCAACUUAGACUUGGAGUUGAUAGUAACCCCCACGCUCUAUGCGAACAACCGUCGGAGACAAUAGACAGCUCCCAGUUGGCAACCCCCAAGGGUAUUAGGCUUGCUGACCCAAACUUCCAUGUUAAGGGACCCGUUGAUAUUUUAUUAGGAGCGAGAGUAUUCUAUCAGGUACUUGGUUCAAGGCAAAUAAGGACGGCUCACGGGCCAACGUAUAUCGAAUCAAAGCUGGGAUGGCUUGCCGCGGGAUCACUUCACCACAACGGCACGUAUGGAGCUCCUGUUAGCGUGAGUACUCUCUCAUUAUGUAUCGAAAGGAAAUGCGCCACUUGCCACUUUAAAAAAUGUAAGGAAAGAGGAGAUGAGAUUGCAUCAGAGCAGGAAACGAAUACAAUACUCAUAGAUAAUGAAGUUGAGCAACACUUCAAAACCACGCAUUUCAUAAACGCAGACGGAAAAUACGUGGUACGAAUACCACUAAAAGAAGAAAUAAAUGUACUAGGAAGUUCGCGAGAACAAGCUGAUAGGAGACUUCUAUCACUGGAGCGGCGAUUUGCCCAAAAUCCACAACUUAAAGUUGAGUAUGAUCUCUUCAUGAAGGAAUAUCUUGAUCUAGGUCACAUGGAUUUAGUCAAGGAAAAGGAUGAACACAAAGUGAUUUACUACAUACCGCUCUCUUGUGUGGCUAAACCCGACUCUACAACUACUAAGCUAAGAGUGGUUUACGAUGCUAGCGCUAAAACUACCACUGGGAAGUCUCUAAACGAUAUACAAGCUAUUGGCCCAGUGAUACAGAAGGAUCAAUUAGAUCUCUUGCUCGAAUUCAGAGGGGAGGAUUACGUGUUGAGUGCCGACAUAACGAAAAUGUAUCGACAGACACUAGUCCAUGACGACGAUACCUGGAUGCAAUGUAUUCGGUAUCGCUUCAACAAAAACGAACCGAUAAGGACCUAUCGAUUGAAAACCGUAACAUACGGUGAAGCUGCCUCGUCCUUUCUGGCAUGCAGAGCAUUGCAUCAAGCAGGGGAAGAGCAAAAGGAAACAGAUGAGGAGUUAGGAAAUAUCAUCCAACAGUCAUUCUACGUGGAUAAUUUAAUGUUAGGAGCAGACUCCGAAGAAAAGCUGAUAGACAUCAGACAACGAGUUGAAGCAGCACUACUAAAAAGAGGAUUCCCAUUGCGAAAAUGGGCCUCAAAUAGCAAAAAGGUUCUAGCUGGAAUCCCCAAGGAGGACUUAGAACCCACAGUACGCAUAGGUGACCAGGAAACCAUAAAGACUUUGGGCCUGAAUUGGGCCCCGGGAAAUGAUUCAUUCAUAUUCAAAGUGGAAGAUACGCGUUAUAAGGAAAGUUCAUCAAUGACAAAGAGACGUCUAGCGUCUGAAAUCCUACCCCUGGGACUAGUGCAACCGGCGAUUGUAGCAGCAAAAAUAUUACUACAGCAACUAUGGAAACUGCAGAUACAUUGGGACGACAAUAUUCCCACCGAAGUGACGACACAAUGGAAUGCAAUAAAAGGGGAAUUACACAAACUCAGGGAGGUAGAGUUUCCCAGGCAAGUAUUACCAAGCAGACCACAUUGCCUGGAACUUCAUGGAUUUUCGGAUGCAUCCACCAAGGCAUACUGA